CUAAGUCCCCUUUUCUCAGCCAUUUUUUUGAAAAUUGGAAGGCUUUGGGGGUAAAGAAGAUGGGGUCUAUCCAUUACCAAAAAAACCUCUCAGUGUAUCAUAAACCUGCUUCAUCUUUUCCUAAAAUUAAAUACAAUUUAAAAGGCUAUUUCAGGGGUUUGUUGCAGCAACAGCCAGCUUCUGCUCUACAGGGUAAAGAAAAUCCAGCGGUGUGGAAGGCGAGCCGGCGCGCCAGGAUGCAAUUUCUCCAAGUAGGCACCAGGUGUCGCUGUGGGCUCGUUGUCCCGGCUACCCCCAAUUCCAAGAACCAUUUUUUUUCCUCCCCCUUCUCUCUCUUUCCCCCUCUCACUCCCUCUCCCCCUUGGUUAGGCUUUGCCAACAUAUCAAGAUGCGUUUCGCCGGCUUCCAUCACUAACCUCCCGGAGGUCAUCAAGCCAAAUUUAUGAGUGGCCGCUGGAGUCACGUGACUCUAUUUAAGGCUCCCUUAUUUGGGAAGAGCGCAUAGGAUAAAGAAAGAGAUAUCUCCACCUAUAAAUUGUGCACUUUGGAGAACAAAAAAACCCCUCAACUUCAAAGAGUCACAAAUCACCCUUAAUCAAAAAGGGUGCAGAAAUUUUUUUUGGGCCCUCCCCGCCAUGAGCUCCUACGUAGCCAAUUCAUUCUAUAAGCAGAGCCCCAAUAUCCCUGCCUAUAACAUGCAAACUUGUGGGAACUAUGGAUCGGCCUCAGAGGUGCAGGCAUCCAGGUACUGCUACGGCGGAUUGGACUUAAGCAUCACUUUCCCACCGCCUGCGCCUUCCAACUCUCUCCACGGGGUAGACAUGGCUGCCAACCCCCGGGCUCACCCCGACCGCCCCGCCUGCAGCGCCGCGGCCGCUCCGGGACACGCUCUGGGCAGAGACGAAGCGGCUCCUCUGAACCCCGGGAUGUACAGUCAGAAGGCGGCUCGCCCAGCGCUGGAGGAGCGAGCUAAGAGCAGUGGGGAGAUCAAAGAGGAGCAGGCGCAGACAGGGCAGUCUGCCGGACUGAGCCAGCCACCGGCCCCGCCACAGAUUUACCCGUGGAUGACCAAACUGCACAUGAGCCACGAGACAGACGGCAAGCGGUCCCGAACCAGUUACACGCGCUACCAGACUCUGGAACUAGAAAAAGAAUUCCACUUUAACCGCUACCUCACUCGCCGCAGGCGCAUAGAGAUCGCCAACAACUUGUGUCUCAACGAGAGACAGAUCAAGAUCUGGUUCCAGAACCGCAGGAUGAAGUGGAAGAAAGAUUCCAAAAUGAAAAGCAAAGAGGCUCUUUAGAGGCAGCCGGGCAGGGGCCCGCCA